AUGAACGCAAGCCCCACCAAGGAGGCCCCCGGCCGGUCCGCUGAGAAGACCCCCCUGGCCUCCGUGGGCAGGGUGGUGGUGCUGGGGGCUGGUGGCGGUGUGGGCUCCGCGGUGGUGACCCAGCUGGCAGAGCAGGGCGUCCCCGUCACCGCCGUCGUCCGUGACGUCAGCAGGGCCAAGGACAAGCUCCCCAGCCGGGAGGGAGUCCAGGUGUCCCUAGGAGACGUCACCGACUCUGCCAGCCUGACCAGCCUCCUGCAGGGCGCUGGGGCGGUCAUCGUGGCCACCGGCCCGAGCAGCCUGAAGAACCCCUUUGGACCCUACAACGUGGACUACAAUGGGAACGUGAACGUCGCCAAGGCCGCCGCGAACGCAGGGCUGAAAAAGAUCGUCAUGGUCUCUUCCAUUGGCGCGGAGGACUGGCUCUUCUUCCUCAACCUGUUCUGGGGCAUCCUGAUCUGGAAGAGGCAGGGUGAGAAGGCCAUCCAGAGCUCUGGCGUGGACUACACCAUCAUCCGUCCUGGCGGCCUCACCAACGAGGGCUCCCAGCGGGCCCCCAAGGGCGGCGUUGUCGCAGGCCCUGCCAAUACCUACGGCCGCGCCCCCAGGAUCAAGCCCACCGGCUCAAUCCUGCGCUCCCAGGUUGCUGCCCUGGCCAUCGAGGCGCUGACUAACCCUGCCGCCUCCAACGUCAUCCUGGAGGCCGUGACGCAGGAGGGGGAGCCAGAACGCACCGCGGCGCAGGUGCUGGAGGACCUGGCGGCCGGCAAGCUCCCCCCCCGGGGGGAGGAGUAG